AUGUCAAAAGAAGAACCAAACUCACUAGAUAAUUUCUAUCUAAUAGACCAAACAAAAAUAUAUAAACCAUCAAAUCCAACUCCAUUAAAAAAUCUACUACAUCAAUAUCAACUAUUAGACCUAGCACAAUCACUCUCAAGAACAAAUCCCGAUGGGUCCAAAAAUGUUAAAUUGCGAAAAUCUUAUAAAGCUCACAUCCAAGAUUUACCAGGAAAACAUUCAAUACCUCAACCCAUAUCAAAACAACAACAAAUUGAUUUAUUCCAAUCAUUACGUGAUCCAUUACUUUCACAAAAACCAAAUAUUCCUGAAUUAGAUUUGACUUUACUAAAUAAAGCGUUAAAGUUUGAUAAAACUCCUAUCAAUGGUAUACCUGGGUUUAAUGUUAUUGAUUUAGCUAUAAAUGAUCAAAGUUCAUUAAUGAGAGGGGAAUUUUAUGAUGAUGAUUAUAAUAAUGGAGAAGGUAGUGAUGAUAGAAAUAAGAAAAGGAAGAAGAAUAAACAAGGUGGUGGGAAUGAAUUUAAGAAACAACAUGUGUGA